CCUUUUACUCUUGGUGCUGGAGCCGGAGAAACGACGUGCCUCGAUGCCCCAGGCAGCCUGGGUACCGCGAGCUCUGUCCCUGGUGCCCAGACUGGUGGGCAGUCAUUCCUGGAAACAGAGUCAGGAGGACUUUCUUCAAAGCAUCCGGGGCAUCUCAGGACUGACUUGGCCGGGUUGCCGGCCUGCUGCCCCUGUCCCACUGCAGGCCGGCCAGGGCAGAAGGCGCGAUGACCCAGGGUUCCCACACUUGCUAGCGGUUCCCGACGGCAGCGGAUCACUCCUUGGCUCCCUGGCCCCUUCCGUACCCGCCGUGGCCACCCGCAGCUCCGUCCAUGGCGUUUGCCGAGCUCCUGGACCAAGCGGGGGGCGUGGGCCUCUUCCAGGCCCUGCAAGUUUUCACUAUCUUCCUUCCCUCCGUCUUGGUGCCCUCCCACAUGCUCAUUGAGAACUUCUCGGCCGCCGUGCCCAGCCACCGCUGCUGGGUGCCCCUCCUGGACAACAGCACCGCCCAGGCCGGUGUCCCCGGGGCCCUGGGCCCCAAGGACCUCCUGACCGUCUCCAUCCCCCCGGGCCCCAACCACGAGCCCCACCGGUGUCGCCGCUUCCGCCAACCCCAGUGGCAGCUCCUGGACCCCAACGGCACGGCCACCAACUGGAGUGAGGCCGCCACGGAGCCGUGCGUGGACGGCUGGGUCUACGACCGCAGCACCUUCACCUCCACCUUCGUGUCAGAGUGGGACCUAGUGUGUGACCACAAGGGCCUGAAGCCCAUCGGCCAAUCCCUCUACAUGACCGGGUUGCUGAUAGGGUCCUUCUGCUGGGGCCUCCUCUCCAACCGCUUUGGGCGGAAGUGGAUACUGAACUUGUGCUGCCUACAAGUGGCCUUGGCCAACAUCGGCAUGAUCUUCGUUUCCCAUUUCUUCAUCUACUGUGGCCUCCGGGUUCUGGGCGCCUUUGCAAUCUCCGGCAUCAUCCUGACCUCGGGGAUGCUUCUGGUGGAGUGGACCACGACCCGCAGGAGGGCCGUCACCUUGACAAUCCUGGGAUGCGUCUAUAGCCUGGGCCAGAUGGCCCUGGGGGCCCUGGCCUUCACCCUGCGGGACUGGCGCGCCCUCCAGCUGGCCGUGUCGACGCCCUUCUUUGCCAUCUUCCUGAUAUGCUGGUGGCUUCCAGAGUCUGCCCGAUGGCUGAUUAUCACGGGCAAACCAGAACAAGGGCUGCGGGAGCUCCACAAGGUGGCCAAGAUAAAUGGCCACGAGGAAGCCACAAAGUCGCUAACCAUAGAGGUGCUGAUGACCAGCAUGGAGGAAGAGAUGACCUCUGCGAAGGGCCGCAGGUCGGGGCUGGAACUGUUUCUCGUGCCCAUGCUCCGCUGGCGGACCUGCAUCAUGUCCCUGGUGUGCUUCUCCCAAGUGACAUCCUACUACGGGCUGGUCCUUGACCUGCAAAACCUGGGGAAUGACAUCUUCCUCCUCCAGGUUCUCUUUGGAGGCGUGGACCUACUGGCCCGGUCCAUCACCGCCUUCUUGCUCAGUUUCUUGGGCCGCCGCACAACCUUGGCCAGCUUCCAGGCUAUGGCUGGCCUCUCCAUACUGGUCAACAAACUGGUCCCACAAGAUCCCACUGUCACCCUCUUCCUCUGCCCAGAUUGGCAGACCCUGCGCAUGGUCUUUGCUGUGCUGGGAAAGGGAUGUUUUGGCGUCGUCUUUUCCUGUGUCUCUAUCUACAAGUCUGAACUCUACCCGACUGCACUGCGGCUCAUCCUCAGCCGGGGCUCCCAGAACAGCAUUCCCCCAGAGUCUCCACUGGGAAGGCCCUGGUGCCAUGGGGCCCUCAGUGAUCAGAAACUGUUUUGAACCCCAGAACCUUCUGUUCGGGUGAAAUCUUAUAAGAACCCUCAGCGAGACCAAGAGCUGCCCUAGUGAAGUGCCCUCCGUCCCCCCACUUGCUUCCCACUGUCCCCUCCCUGCCCCAAGAGAGCCCUGAGUCACCUUGCAACAACCCAAGGGCACCACGGGCCACAGAUGGAAAACCAGUGGUGUAGAGUUAAACUAUCCCCUCAUCGGGCGGUUGGGUAAACUGAGGCUCAAGGACCUACUCACGGAAGGGUGAGAUUGGACCCAGCGCCCUAGAGCCCUAGCCCAGGGCUCUUUCCCUCAUCAUGGUGCUCACGCACCCUCAGCCCCUCACUUGUCCCCCCCUUCCACUUGUGGCGUGGACCCUCGUGUGUUGAUUUUGUUGAUGUUACAUAGAAAGCCUGAGCUGAGAGUUCAGGGGCCUAGCAGGAGGCCUGAGGCAAGCCCCCCACCCGCUUACCGAAGACCAGGAGAAAUGGGGUGGGCCCUGGAGCAUCCAUGAAAAACCCUGGUUGUUCUCAGGAAGCAGAGACCCCGCUCUGGAUGGGAAAAUCCACGUGGGUUCCACGGAGAAGGUGGUGCAGGAAGAGACCUUGUGGUUGUGCGGCUCCCUUAUCCCAGCUUUCCUUCCCCUGGCCCAGCCAGAUGCUGCCACCCACCCCACCCCAUAAAGCCCCCUUCUUGAGAGUGGCGGCGGCCACAAGGGUCUGGGCCCCUCUCCA